GGAGGCGCUCCUCCGACCAGCCGCUUACAUCCCGCUCCGUCCUGAGGAGGAGGAGCAGAAGGAAGAGGAGCAGCCAGCUCCGUAUCACUACAACUCCCAGCAGCCCCCGCGCGACCGGAAACUCUGAAGCCUCCGUCAGAGAAGAAGAGGAGCAGCUGCAGCUGAAGAUGAUGAAAUUUAAAGCGGACGAGGAGGAUUACUGGAACACCUCCAAGUUUAAAGCCUUCACCUUCGACGAUGAUGACGACGAGUUAAGCAGGUUGAAGGAGUCAAAGCAGGCGGUAAACAGUAUCCGGCAGUUUGUGGAGGAUGACGAUGACGAAGACGAGGUGGAGAAGGUCAGCUGGAGCGGAGAGCCCGUCGGGAGUAUCUCCUGGUCGGUCAAUGAGACGGCAGCAUCCAGUCAGAGGACAGACAGAGAGCCCGCCUUCCCCAAAAUCACCACGGAGACAACGACCAUCAGCAGGAGUCAUUCAGGAUACUCUCUGAGCUCCCUGUUCAAAGGAAAAACUAAAGGAGGAAACUUCCAGUCAUUCACUGAAACGUUCAGUGACUCCUCUGUCAGACUCUACGCUCCAGAACUUCGAAAACCCAAAUCUGAAUACAAGGAUUAUGUCAGCGAUUGGUCGCCUGAGGAGACGGUCCAGAGGAUGCAGCAGGGAAAGGUUGUGACUCUGGAGAAGUUUCGGUCUCUUCAGGACAAACUGCUGCUGCUGGAUUUCGCCGUCAGAGCUCAUGAUGGAAACGUCAUCACUGCUGUGUUAAUCUACCUGAAGAGGACUCUAAGUAAAGAGGUUUUGUUUCGGGAGCUGGAGUCCAGGCAGACGGCUCUGAGACAUUUCAUCCAGUACCUGACUGAGACCAGAGACCAGAGACUGCUGCUGGAGCUGCUCAGAGCUCUGGGAAGGACGGAGGACGCAGCGCUGCUGCAGUAUAAAGAACACCUGAGCAUUGCAGAUGAAAACAAGAGGCGGGACUUCCUGAAGAGCUGCCUCAGUCUUCCGUUUUCUCCGGAGGACUCGGCUCACGUUCAGGAUCACUACACUCUGCUGGAGAGACAGAUCAUCAUCGAGGCAACCGACCGGCAGGCGGAGCGCGGGGGGAAGGUGGAAAUCUUCCAGAAGUUUCCCAGAAGAGCUUCGAUCCUCAACAUGCCUCUGAUCACCACACUGUACUACUGCUGCUUCUACCACUACCCCGAGUCCGAGGGAACCUACAGCAGCCCGCUGAACAUCCGUCAGACCUUCAAGAUUUCGGAGAAGCAGUACUUUGUGACGGCGUUGGCGGCGCGAGCAAAGCUGAAGGCGUGGUCGGAUGUUGACGCUCUGUUCACCAGCAGGAACUGGCUCGGCUUCACCAGGAAGAAAUCACCGCUCAGCUUCCAACGAGUCGUUGACAUCCUGCAGAAAAACUCUGCCCCCACACAGGUGCUGCAGGACUACGUGGCGCUGGUCGAUGAUGCUGAGCUGAGGAUCUCUUUGGCCCAGAAACAUAAAUGUCAUGACAUUGUCAUCAAUACAUACCGGGACCUGAAGGACAGGCAGCAGUUGCUAGGAUACCGGGGUAAAGUGGAGCGAGGGUCGGCGGAGGAGAGGAAGAUCGACGAGCUGCUAAAUAACCAGGUGAGUAGGAGGAGGAGGAGGAUUCAUCUUCAUCAUCUUCAUCAUGUGACCUGAUGACUCAUGUCUUUUUUCCUCUUUCAGCAAAUCCGGUGGAAGAACUGAUCGUUUGAUCUAAAGACUUUUACUUUGAAAGGCUGUUUCCUGCAUGGAGACGUCAGCUGUUACCAUGACAACAGCAACG